GUUCAUGUGACAUAAAUGAAUGGAAUUGCCUUUUCCAGUUACACUUUCCUACCAACUUUUUAAAUCCUGCGAGCAUUUGGCAUGUGGAUGUUAAAAUUACACUCUCAAAUUGAAAUUGGAUUAUUAUUAUAUUAUCUGGAUUAUUAUGGGCAGACCAGGCAACUAUGGUUUGGACCACAGUUCCAUUUCAUUUUAAGCGGCUGCAUGUUUUGUCAGUUGAAGUUGGGUGAGUCAUCGCUGUUCAAUGAGGGAGCGCAUGACAUCUGCCGGUUGAAUCAGUUAGCGACAGGAUCGUUGAUGACAAAUAUUUUGAGACCUCUACUUUGCAAUGGUCUGGUCUGUCGUGCAACACGACCGUUCCAUUGAGACGAUUUUUGUUUCUUAGCCAGACUACUUGACUUGACGUCAAUUCUGAACCUGCAGUGUCCACCAAAUGCAAGCGCGUCACCAGUAGGCUUUAACCAACGAACACAAGCAGCCACGGACCGAAGGUUUAAAGAACUAAGGAUUUAGAUUAAAUACCGAGUGACUGAGAGAGCCGUUGAGUCUUAGUGAGACAGGGAGAGAGCCUGAUUUGUAUCAGAUCGGGAGGGGGAGGAGGCACAGAGAAUGAGCUAUUCUUGUACCAGCACAGAAGCUGUAUGUAAUAGACAGGACGCAACUAACUGCAGCACUAAGGAACCUGCCACUAAUAAUACGAACGGUGGCAACGGAGGUAAAGAGAGUGCCAGUAGCACCAGUUCCCGCCAGCCGUAUCACAAACCGCUCGUGGCCAUGAAAGUGAAGAAAGGUUGCAACUCUACAGACGCGGGAGUUCCAGUAACUACGGAAGAAGAAUUGUUGAGAAAUCCCGUAAUAACGGCCGAGGAUGUACUUGGGUUACAGAAGAUCACCCAAAACUACCUAUGUUCUCCAGACAAGAAUGUGCACAUGAUUGACUUCACAAGGUUCAAGAUCCGGGACAUGGAGACGGGGACUGUGCUGUUUGAGAUCACUAAACCGCCAGCAUUGCCAGGCAACAAGAAGGACUUCGACCCGAACGCCGGACGUUUUGUUCGUUACCAAUUCACCCCUGCCUUCUUGCAGCUGCGUCAGGUUGGAGCUACAGUGGAGUUCACCGUGGGAGACACGCCUAUCAAUAACUUCCGGAUGAUCGAGAGGCAUUACUUUCGCGAGCAACUCCUCAAGAGCUUCGACUUUGAGUUUGGCUUCUGCAUGCCCAGCAGCAAGAACACUUGCGAGCACAUCUAUGAGUUUCCCGCACUCUCAGAGGAGAUCAUGCGAGAGAUGAUUCAGCACCCCUAUGAGACGCAGUCUGACAGUUUCUACUUUGUGGACAACAAGCUGGUGAUGCACAACAAGGCAGACUACUCCUACAGUGGGGGUCCAUAGGAAUACGACCCCCCAUCUUAGGCACUACCCACCCCCCCAUGUCAGCCCUUGAGGACCAGAGAUUGAUGGACUGACAGACAGAUCACAAGCACAGGACGGGUGGACUCUCUCUCACUCAACAGACAAGAGCGUCUCUCCCCAAAACUCACCCUAAUGACAAAUGUAUUUUCCUGUAUUUCCCCUGUUACAGUACAUUACAAUUCACACAACCCCUGAAGCUGUGUGUGUUUAUCAGUCAAUGUGAUACACUUCACACAGGUGAACAUACAGAAGCUGUCUCUUCUCUCUAACGUUCCUAAUAAGACAUUGACAUGGCUGAUCAUUUAGAUAAAAAGCACAACUGUUACCGUUUGUAGGGACCAGCUGCUGUGAGUGAGAUUAAACACGAGUGUUAUGGAAACAUUAAUCUGCAAAAAAACUAAAACAAGUAAUACCAUGAAAAUAGAGACAAGAGUCACACAGUGUCUGCUUAUCCUCACUCUU